GUCGCACAACGUCUGAUUUGUAGUUUCACGCAAAGGAAAAGCGCAAAGCUCUAGAUUCCAGUAUUUCUCACUCCCCAGUCCUUCCGACACCAGGCAAAGCAUCAUGUCUGCCCUUCGCUGCGGCAUGGCUGCGCCUAGCACCGCUCAAUUGAUGAACCGGAACGCUCCUCGGAGAAGCGUUGUCCCGCGUGCCGCGGCUCCCGAUGCCAAGGCCCCGGCUAUGGCCUCCACCGAGCUCACCUACAACCGGCUGCUGCUGACUAUCUUGGAUGCUAACCCCUACCUCAGCGACGGUUCCCGCACGGCUGUUGCGACCGCCGCGCACAUGGCCAAGACGUACAGCAGCAAGGUGACGGUGCUGGUGGUAGACGAGCCAGGCACGGACAACACUGACCCCGCCAAGCGGAUAGAGAGCAUCACUUGGCACCUCAAGGACCGCGGCUGCGAUAACUUCGAUGUGGUGGAGAAGGCCACCACCUCGCCCGCCUCCGUGCUGGUCGGCGACAUGGCCGACGAGAUCGGCGCGGACAUGGUGGUGCUGUCCAGCGAGGCCGUGCACGCCAAGCACGUGGAUGCCAACCAGUUGGCGGAGUUCGUGUCGUGCCCGGUGCUGCUGCUGCCAUGAUUGAACACGUUUAGGCGGGCGUGGAGGAGCAUGCAGGCGGCGAAGCGUGGCGGACGAGGUGGGCAGAGCGGGAGCAGGCGUCGAGAAUUGAGUCGGCGUGAUGAGUUGCAUCGUUUUGAGUUGGAUGGGGCUUGGGCUCCAAUUGUCGCUUUCUUCACCGGGCGUGUGCGCGCAUAGCAAGUUGAAGGAAGAGGUGGGGUCAUUGCGGAGACUGUAGCAGAGGCUGUGCUGUGGUAGAGGUUGUGAGAGGGGCUGUGGCUUGUAGGUCUUUGGCGGGUGUCGACACGUCGGCAGACACAGACACAGACGACGCGCUGGUCUCUAGGGCGCGUGCGGAGGCCUUGGGCUUGCCAUUAUUGUGAGCAGCAGGUGUGUGAGGUGAGGUGGUUUGUGCGUAGGAUGGCAAUGAGGUGACGUAUGCGGGGGGGGGACUGCGGAGUGCGGAGGCGGGCGGCGGCCCCGAUUCCUGCUUGCAUACAGGAGCGGUCGUUUGGCUGGGGUCACCUCGGGAGUAUACCGCGGUGUAACAAGAGGAUUGUCACC